AUGUCAGACCAUCACCGCGGCCGACGCCGCAACCAUCGCGACUACGACUACGACUACGACAAUGCGUACUACGACGACUACGAGUCCCGGCCAAGACGGCAUCGAUCUCUCGGCCGACAAGCAUUAGGCAAGGUUGAAGAUGCCAUGGCAGGGCUUGGCCUGGACGACAAGCAUCGAUCUUAUUCUGGGUCCAGACACCACUCCCGAGGGUACGACAGAGACUACGACGACUUCGACCGAGGUCAUCGUCACCGACAUUCUUCCCAUUACCACUCCGGAUCCCACAGCCAUCAUAGAGAUCACAGCCGUCGGUCGUACCGUGGUGAUGAUCACUACACCACUUCUUCUCGUCGUGCACACAGCUCAUCGCCCUCCAGACGUUCCCGUCACCGGAGCAGCCAUAGAAGUUCCUACGCUGAUCCGGCAACAAGGAGUCGCAGCAGGGCUCGAAUGGACAAGGGCCUCAAAUCAGCUGUUGAUGCAGCGGCAAUCGAGGCUUUUCGCGUGAGGAACCAGCCUGGGUCUUGGACAGGUGCGAAAGGCGCUAGAGUUGCGACAGCAGCUCUUAGUGCUGCUGCUAUUGGGGCCGCGGCAGAGAAGAGAAAGGAGGAAAAUGGCAGUACCAAGAUGGGCACUGUAGGGAGUGCACUAGCUGGUAUGGCGGUGAACCGGUUGGUGAAUGGACCUCGAAGGGAUAUGUAA